AUGUGCCGGUACUACGCCCACGCCUUCGUGUGCAAGCAUGUCACGCACAGCUUCGCCAGCUUCUGCAAGCCCGCCAGCAUGAUCCAGACGGCGUGUGGCGAGCGCCAUAUUUGGCAGACCAUCCGCAUGGACGAAGCCUGCGACGAGUGCAAGGCAUGGUACUCGCCACCUCAGCCUGCCUAUGUUCACGCGCCCGCGCGGAGGACAGUCAGAAGGUGA